AUGUCCCGAUUCUUUGUUAGUGGGUACCUGGACUCCAGUGAAGAGGAAGAUCUCCUUUCCACGUCCGAGGAGGAGCUUCUCCUGUCUUCGGACGACAGUGACUUCCCGACGUCGGAUGACGAUCUGGACUCGCUGUCCGACGACGACGAGGAUCGUCCCGCGGGGCCGGCGUACUUCUUGAAGAAGGCGUUUCUUAAAGGCGGCCACGGCGACGACUCCGACUCCGACGAAGACCGCAAGGUGGUGAAGCUGGCCAAGGAAAAGUUGGUCGACGAAAUCAAGGACGUCGUCGAGCAGAUCAACGUCGCCAGACGGCAAAACAACUUCACGCUGGUGCUCACCGAUUUGGACCGGUUGAACAAGCUCGUCACCCGAGCCCAGAACCUGACCCUCGGCCUGGUGCCCAACCAGUACAUCAAGUGCUUGGGCGGCUUGGAGUUGUGCAUCAACGAAGUGCAAGAAAACGAAAAGAACGAAAAGACCCUCAGCGCCCAAGAGGCCAAGGCGUUCACCACCGUGCGCCAGCGGGUGCGUAAGGCCAUCAAAGAACACCAAGAAUUGUACGACUUGUACCUCGAAGACCCCGACCGUUUCGACAGCGACGAGCCGGUGCGUCCUCAUGUCGAGUCUACUCCUCAACCCACCGACACCAAGACCACCACUGGCGCCGGCCACCCGGUGUUUGCCACGCUUAAGGCCAUCGCCGAAACCCGGGGUAAAAAGAACAUCGACAAAUACGAGCAGAUCGCCACGUUGGAACAAUUAUUGGCCGACUACGCCGAAAAGGGCACCACGUUCGAGAAGAUCGCCAUCUACCAGAUGUUGUUGCUGAUCCGGUUCGACGUCUCCACCAACCAGCUGUACAUGCUGUUGGGUCUUUGGAACGCCAACCACCGCAACUUGAACGACAUGUUGGCGUUGUUGGAGCUGUGUGUCGACACCUACCAGCUCAGUGAAUACGGCCACACCACCGACGACUUGGACAUCGAGCCCGAGGCCAACGCCGACGGCGUCAGAGUCAUCUACGGGCUGGUGGCGUCGUUGAUCGACCGCUUCGACGACGAGUUCCUGCGGUCGUUGCAAAACACCGACCCCCACUCGAUCGAAUACGUCGCCAGACUUAAGGACGAGUCGAAGGUGUACCAGUUGGUGGUGAGAGGUCAACAAUACAUCGAACGCAUCACCCCGGCCGACAAGCUGCUGUCGGCGGAACAGUUGGGCCGCAUUGUCGCCCGCCGGUUGGAACACGUAUACUACAAGCCUGACCAGGUGAUCGAGGCCAACGAAAAGGCCGUGGGCACCAUCAAGCUGAACAUCGUCAAGGGGACGCUGGCGCAGGAGCUUGUCGACUCGUUGGCUACCUACUUGAGCCACCACGCCAACCCGAUGUACCCCACCCAGCUGCUUUUGCUUCUGAUCUACUACUACGCCGUCAACAACCGCUUUGACCGGGCGAUGUCGUUGUUCCUCGACCUGAAGAUCUACAACGACAUCAACCUGAUGGACUCGCUGUUGCAGGUGGCCUACAACCGGGCCCUUGUCCAACUUGGGUUGUGUGCGUUCCGCCAGGGCCAGAUCGCCGAAUCCCACCGCAUUUUGAACGAAAUCAUCAACCAGCAACGCCUGAAAGAGUUGUUGGGCCAAGGGUUCCUGACGAAGUACCCCAACCAAGCCACCACCGUCGAAAAGCAAAAGUUGUUGCCCUUCCACAUGCACAUCAACCUCGAGUUGCUCGAGUGCGUGUACAUGACGCUGCUGUUGUUGUUGGAAAUCCCCGCGUUGGCGGCGGCGGAAAAGGAAACGCUGACGAAGAAGCUGAAGGUUCCGGCGAAGCUGUUCAAGUCGAAGCUUGAGUUCCACGAGCGCCAGUUCUUCACUGGUCCUCCCGAGUCAAUUAAGGACCACAUUGUCUACGCACUGAUUGCGUUGCAAAAGGGUGACUGGCACAAGGCUUACAACUUGUUGUCGUCGAUCAAGAUCUGGCGGUUGUUCCCCGACAACCAGCAGUUGUUGGCUAUGCUCAAACACCAGUUACAAAUCGAAGGCUUGCGCACUUAUGUGUUUAGCUACCGUUCCAUCUACACCAAGUUGUCGCUUCCGAAGUUGGCGCUGAUCUUUGAACUCCCUCGCGACACCGUCGAAGAGAUUGUCAGCAAGAUGUUGGCUCACGACAUUUCCGGCACCAUUUCCGGCAACUUUAUCAACUUCAACGCCUCGACUGAGCCUCAACGCACAAGAUUGCAAGAAUUGGCCAUCAUCAUGAACGAGAAGGCGGGCUUGUUGAAGGACAAGAACGAGAAGACGCAACUGAACGGGUACCUGAAGAAGCCGCCGCAACCGAAGGAGCCCGAGGUGGAAGAGGACAACAAGUUCCGCUACGCCUACGUCAACACCAACAAUGACGAGUUCCAAUCGUUGUAA